AUGUCUGAUCCUACAAUACAGACUUUUUGCUGCCAUCACAAUGAUAAUCAAGGAGGAGUAGUAACUAUUCAAAUAAUGGAUGAGUUUAAUACUGAAUCUUACAAUACAGUUUGUUUGGUAUCAUCCACUAUUGGAAUUCUUGGUGCUAUGUAUCAGAUAUUUCAAAAUGGUGUACGGAGGAUACAAAGUCCAAGCAGGGGAAGAAAGAUCAUAAUGUGGUUGGCAGUUGCAGAUCUCUUAGCCUCUCUGGGUGUGUUGGUAAGAUCAUCUUUCUGGUUGAAGUACAAAAAUAUCUUACCACUUCCUGAUGAUGAUAUUAGUGUUCUGUUUUGUAGCAUAACUUCGGCAUGGACGCAAUAUUUUUACACAGCUACGUGGUUUUGGACAUUAUUCUACGCGGUAGACAUAUGGCAGUCGAUACAGGGUAAAGAUACACGACCUCUACUUUACCACUCCUUGGCUUGGGGAAUACCUGCAGCGACGACUAGUAUAGGUCUAUCCAUACUCUACAUACCGAAUGCAACGUGCCAUAAUUUAACAUCUCUAUCGAAUGUGCUGUUAAGGAUUCUACCAAACUAUUGUGCAACUUAUGUGCCCAUAGCUUUAGUGAUGGUCAUUAAUCCCAUUAUAUACAUUUUGGCGGGAAAGAAAAUUGAAGUUACUGUAGCGCUGCCAUUAGCACAGUUUACAAGCAAAGAAAGAAGAGUUGUGGAUGCUUUACGACUAAAAUUCUUUUUGAUAAACGUCGUAUUUUACGUCUGCUGGUUGCCGAAUCUUAUAAAUGGAAUUUUAAUAUGGACAAUGUGGUCGACAAUGCCCGUCAAAGCGAUUAUUUCAAUUUGGUAUAUAAUGGCAUUGAUGAAUCCUAUGCAAGCCCUGCUCAAUGCAUUAGUCUACAGAAAGUGGAAUGUGACAGACAGAUAUCAGCCAAUGUUCCACGAUGAUCAUAAGGAGCUCAAUUUCAGUGAUGAGCAAUCGCCACUUUUAGGAUCGGAACCACCUCGAUUACUUUUAGCUCCCAUGCCCUCCACAAUUAAUAACAGCUAUGCUACGUUAUAG